UCGAAUAUCGAUUCUAACAUGAAUUUAUGCAUUUUAACCUCCUUAGUCCUUGGUUAUAUGGAUAGAGCACUCGCGUUAUCUGUUGUAAAAACCGGUUUUGUAGCGAAAGGGAGUUCCGAACUUCCGAUUCGGACCGAUUCUCGCUUCAGUUCAGUCGCUUCUCGGAAUCUCGGCUUGGCUUGUUUCGUCUCCCUGGCUCCUCUGUCCCCACAGUCCUUACUUCCUCAAUCCUAGGUCAAUGGUCAAGGUAACAAUCAGUUUUUGGUGUUCGUGCUUCAUGCAUAAUUUUUUCAAGAUGAGAUUUGAGAGCCCGAGUGAUUAUGAAGUGAUGUGUUCGAAGUUCGAUUUCGUAUUAUAAGGCUAGGUACUUAAUUGUUUAACUUUCGGCUAGUUGCUUUUAAGUGAUCGUGCUUUUUUUCACCAUCGUUCCGUAAUAUUGUGCGAAUUGUUGUGUGUUUUGAAUUACAGCUUGAGAAAGCGUGAAUUUCGUAUUAUCGUAUUGUUUCAUUUUCCUUAUCUAAUGGAUGAUUCGCAGAUGAAAUUACAAUGUUUGGCUGCGAAAUCGGUAUGCGUUCGGUUAGUAUACGAAUGGGCCGAGAACGAAAUUCCCAUAAUCAAUGUUUGGAAAAGAGAUAUCCUCGAUAGUGCCGAAGAGGAUUGCCCGACUCACCACUGGUUCCUUUGGCAAUUACGCGAAAUGGAAGUACUUCGAUUUGCGAAUAUUCCGAAUGAAGCUCAAUACCAAAUAGAAGACAACAUGCCGCUGAUUUUAAAAGAAGUUAUGAGAUGGUUCUGGCAUCAUCACUUGAUGAAUUUUUUCCACGAUCAGCCAUCGUCUUCGUUGAGCGAAUACAUCGUGAAAUUAGUUUGGAACCAUUAUUUUAGAAUCGAUUACUUGGCUACUGCGAAAAAUAUCUUAACUAAUGAUCAUCUCACUCCGCUGGAGAGGUUUAGAUUCGCGAGUUCGUAUUGCAUCGUCGAUGAAAUCGAAAAGUUUCGCGACUUGAUGGAUUCAGUGCCGGAAUGCGAUUUGAUUGAGGGUCCGUUCGUGGAAUAUUGGACCGGGUAUUUGAAGAAUAAUUUAGAUGCGAUAGAUAUACCGAAAAAUUUCGAAGCUGCGGAAGAGCUGGAUUUGUGGCCAGCUGUCGUGUACUUCUUCGAUAAAUUGGACUCGACGAGGAAAUCGGCCGAAUUCGAACAUAUGCUCAAAAUGUACGCAGAAAGCAACCUGAAAGAUUUGUUGGCCAAAUUAAUAACAGAUGAAGAAUGGAAUCUCGCGUGUCGUUCUUCGAUUUCGAAAAUUGUCGAGAAAAUAGUACAGUAUGGCACUUCGGAUCAAGUACGGUUCGUUUGGAAGCUAUUCGAGAGUAAAAUGAAUCCGAUGAAUUUCUGCCACAUUCUCGAAACACUGUUACUUUCAUCGAUAAGAAAUGCGAGAGAUUUCGAAAAAUGGACCCCAUUGUUGUUGGAAAUUUGGACCAGCGCUAGCAGCCAUUUGAAACAAUCAGCUAUCGAUAUGAAACUGUGGCAUAGUAUCGGUGAAAAAUUUAUAUCCACUAUUGUUCGCGAACAAACGUCUGAUUUUCGUGCACGUCGUCGCCAAAUCAGCGAUCCGAUGAAAUUCAUCAGAAUGGUGCUGAAAAACAUGUCCGUUGAGAAGAGAAUGGAAUUUUUCAAAAAGAUUUUCUGUUGGUUGAUCAUCUGGGCGUCGUUUGAUGCGGUAGAUAAAUUGAUGCGUGAUUUUCUGGAAAAUUAUGAUCGCGAUGUUAUCGAGUUGAAAAAAGUCGUCGCCAAUUGUUCCAAAAUAGAACGGUCACGUGGUAUAUUGAUAGCAUUUGGCGAAUUCAACCAACUCGAUGCUGUGGUAUCGUUUUAUUUUCCCGGUAUCGAUGGCAUUACCACGAACGAUGGCGCCACGAUGCAAAAUAAAUUAAAGUUCCAUAAGUACGAGUUUAUUAUGUCUUCGUACGUUUUCGAUUCCGUGUGCUUUUGCGCAUAUUACAGCGAUUGGAAGUCAUUGUACGAGUACGUACAGAAAAACGUUUCAUGGAUUUCCACCACCGCGGUUGAAGCGAUCAUGAGGAAGGUGCUUUUGCAGGACAGAUUCUGGACUCGGAAAAUCGAAGCUGGCGAGAUGAACGACUUGAAGGAAUUCGUCAAAACGGUGUACUCCAAAGGAAACCUCGACGAUAGAACCUCUACUGCAGACGCCCAAUUGAAAUUUUUGAAAGAACGUUACGAAAGUCACGUAUCGAGCGUUUUGUUCGAGUACCGUUACACGAACUGUCCCAAAAAAGUAACUUUCGAUCGAACAGACUUACAGGCUUUUUUGUUAUGGAUUUACAACGGUGGCAAAAAUUUAAUUAAUGGAAACUUCAAGCAGCCACGCAUGUUUCCUGAAGGGUUUUUAGUUCAGUUGAGAGGUUGCGUUGACAAAGGUUCCUUUCAAGUGACUAAGUCCAUGGUUGAGUUUUUAGAAUGGUGUUUUGCCACUGAAACAGAAAGGCAACAGUUUAAACGCAAAAUGAUAUACGAUUACCGAAAGCAUAAGAUGAUCGAAGGUUUGCUGACGUGCAGAGAGCUUCGUCGAAGAAUGUUGUUCUGGUUUUUUGACGAUGAUAUCAGUUUAAUUGAAAAAUUCACGGCUGAUUGUGCUGAUGAGCCGAUGUGCCCGUAUUAUGCACGACUGAAGUAGUGAAAAAGUGAUCGGUGGGAUUAGAUAUCAUUCUAAAAAUGGACGAUAAAUAAAGAAAUUCAGAUUUUUGAAUACCAAUUUUCGUGAACGUAGAAUUUUUUUUCAAGUAGCCUAUUUUUUUGUUUAUUUUUAAAAAAUUGAAUUAUUGACAAUGUUCUUGAAUAAUUCGUAGGAUUUGUCUGUUUAUUUUCAAUUUUUAUCUAUUUAUUUUUUUUAAAUUAAAAAUUUAAUCAUAAGAUGGUAUUUUGAGUACGAGAUGAUUUAUUUCAUGCUUCAUCAUCUUAUAAGGAUUAAUGCAUUUUUGUUUGAAUUAACGUGUUUGGUUUUUUAAUAAUUAAAUAAGUAUUGUUUUCAUUUGAAAUAACCGUAUACUUAUGAUUUUUUCUUUCCUUGGAAUUAUUUUGAAAACCAACUCCUUGCAAUUUACCUACCUCGAAUUGAUUAUUACAAAUUGAAGACGAGUAUUUCCAAUUUGAAAAUGCGUACUGCGAUAAACAUUUAUCAAGUCUUAAAAUUUUAAUAAUUUGCUGACUUUUAUAUCCUUCUUCAACAGUUUGAGGAAAUUUCACCAUUUUCCUCCCAGUUCAUUAAAAGGUCCUUUCGCGUUCCGAAUAAAAAUUUAAAUAAGUAAAUUGGAUUUUUAGCUUAAAAAAAUUCUUCAAUUCGGCAAAUUUUCCCAACUUGGAAAAAAUUUGGGGCACAUGACCCCUUUUCCUGUUCCUUAAAAUGGGCCCAUGGAGUUCCGAAAUUUACUAGACCUCUUGACAACAGGUGUAAUAAUCUUGUAAUUAUUAUUAUAAACACCUUCAAAAAAAAACUCAGUUUGAAAUAAGUAAAUACACGUAUACUUCAGAAUUUAAGAAAAAGGGGAGCUUUGUGACUCAGUUAAAAAUUAAUCCUUCGAGCUGGAAUUUUCAGGAUCUAUUUUUUUUUUUUUUUUUUGUGAAAAACAAAAAUUGAACUUUCGAACUAUCCAUGUACCUAUAGGUACAUUUACGCUUAAUACCAGUUUUACUGAACUGAAAAACAAUACACAAAUUCGAAAUGAAUUAAUUUUAUUGAUAAAAAGAAAAUAGUACAUAAUUUUUAAAACUCUUACACUCUACUCGAGAAUAUAAUACUUUGAAAUGUAGAAAAAAAAACAAAAAAAAAAAGAGAAAAAAAAACAAAACACAUACGUCAUAAAAGUCGAAGAAAUUUGAUCUUCAUGACGUUGUAAUUUUCUCGAUACCGCAACAUUAAUUUUUUCAAAAAAAAAAACUUAUCAUAGGAAAAAAAUAGUGAAUUUUUUCCAAUAUAAUUAUACAGUCUGAAUGGAAAUUAUUAAAAAUAGGCUAAUCAAAUAAGCAUAAAAAACUGACUAGUAUUAAGUUAUCUCUUUGCGGUAAGUACAAUAAAAAAAAGAGGAAAAAAAUAGCGAAAACCCGUCAAAAAAUCAUGUACACAUUUACAUUACUUACUUAAUUUUUAACCUUACUUUGUAUAUAAAUAACAUCGAGCAAGGUUUUUGUUAAAAAUCUACUUCAAAUCGUCAUUUACAAAUUAUUAUUUCUUACUCGAAAAAAAAAGAAAAAAAAGAAAGAAAGAAGGAGAAAAGAAAUAUUGGUAAAUUGGGAAGAAAAAAAUAUAAUAAAUGCGACACUACACAUACAAAUAAACACGCGUAAAAAAACACAACAAAUAAUUUAAAACAGUCGUUAGUUCAAUAAAUAAAAAAGUCCAAUAAAUUAAUCGUAAUAAUACGUGAAUUAAAAGAAGUAUAAAAUUAAUAAAAAUUAUCAUCUCAUCGUUCGAAGACGAUAAACUCGAAUUUUUAAGAAAAACAAAAUGUAGAACGAAAGAAAGAAAACAAAUAAAACUAAGCGAUCUAAAAGCCUUAAGUCUUAUUUUAUUCACGGGGGAAAACGAAAACGAAAAUAAAAAUUCAAAAUUACGGGUAUUUUUUUUUUCAGAAAAAAGUUAACUUAUUUUUAAAAGAAAGAAAUUUGGGUACCGUUCAAAAAACAUAAUUUUAUUUUUUCAAGUCAAAAUUUUAUUUUUAAAACGAUGAGGUAAAAAAAUGAAAUAAAAAUCUUAGUAAUUUUUUGUACUUACUUACUGAUGUACUAUAAUUUAUAGUAGGUCUAGGUAUAAUUUAUAAGUUGACAUGUUUCACACACAUAUUACGCAAAUCAAUUCACAGAAUUAAAUCACAACUUUUUUUUUUAAUUUUUUGUUGGAAAAUCUUCAUCACAAUUUGACUGUUUGCGAUGUAGUCGUAGUAGGCCAGGCGAUUUUCGCGUCCAGG